UUAACCGACAAAACUUUAAGUAACGUUUUACCCAAACCACUCCUCUCUGUUGUUUUAGUGUACUCAGUGGUUAGCCUGAAUUAUUCAUUAGAAUUUUCCGUUCCACAGUAUAUUUGCUGAUCACUGAUGUGACAAGCUUUUAUAUACAGGUCCUCAGGUACUUCAGUAACAAGCUCACUACCAUAUGAAAAUCAACAGUUGAUCCAUUAAUUUAAUGAGCUCAUACUGACUUGUUAUGUUAUGUAUUCAUAAGACAUAACAAACAGCUCUUGAACUUUAGAUCUCUUAAUGACCCCUAAUCUAGAUAAGUUGGUUGUUAAACUUCAACUUUUACUUACUUAUAUAACAGUGAUUCCACAACUUCCUUAUCAAACUCUAACUUCAAUAAUAAUAAAUAAUCAUUACAAUUUCAAUAGGGCCUCCGCACUGUCGGUGCUCGGGCCCUUAUAAUACCAAUAACACAAACCCCUCAGAAAUAGUUGUUGCCUAUGUUUAUUUUUGUUUUAGUUGUUGUCUAUGCCUUGUUUUAAAAAACACAAAUUCCCCUUUCACUUUCUUGUAACAGAUCAUAGUUCAUGUGAUUCAAAUGGAUCCCAACAACUACACAAAAAACUAAAUCUUCAUUCACCACAAAUGUCUGCAUCUCCCCAAUAUUUGAAUAAAUCCCCACAUUCUCAUAACUGCAAUUCAAAUUAAGAAAGAAAAAGGACAGAAAGUUUAAAUUACUUUUUGUUAAUGAGGGACUAUACAAAGGAUGUAAGUUAUAACAUAUUUAAAAAGAAGAAGUGUAGCUAUAUACACUGAAAUUAUUGUGUUGCUCGAUAUUCCUUGUGUUUUGAAAAUCAAUUUCUACCAUUUCUAAGAAACUGGAGAUUUGUUUCAUGAGCUUCUACUUUGAGGGAUAAGUCUUUCAAUGUAUACAGGUGAAGUUCAACCUUUGGAUCAUGAUAUGGAUGAGACUUGGCUUUGACCAAAGUGUUGAACAAGCUCAAACGUAAAAUAAUAUAAAAAUAGAUAUAAAAACAGAGAAAAAAAAAAAAGCAAUAAACAUUAAACAUCAUAAAUAAUCUAAAAUAAUUGACAAUAAAAUAUUGUACGAGAACAAAUGAAUUCAAGGUCUCAAACUCAGCUAGAAUUGCAAGGUAGAGAGAAGAAGCUGGUCUUUAGCAAUGAUUUAAAGGUUUCUAUGCUCUUAAUGGUUCUAAUGCGAACAGAUCAGCUGUUAGAGGAAACCACUGCAAAGGUCUUUUAUGCUGCGGUGGAUUGGCUCGUUGUUUGCAAGUGAGUUGGUGGGAAACCAGGAACCGUGGCGCCACACUCACGCAGCCAAACACUCAGACCAUGUCCUAAAAGGUGACAUGCUAUUUCUACACCAUGCCAUGACAGCUUGUUGGUGUACACUACUGUACAUAUGCAAUAUAUGUAUAAGUACACUGAAACACUGCGUAUGUUUUGCACACAGUGACGGAAAAACUAAACAAAGUUUGUGCAUAGUACUACUGCUUUAAGUUUCCUCACAUCUACCCUGACAAAGGUCUAGUUUGUUGAUAGAAAGGAAGGCGUGGGUUAUCUGUAACUGGUUACACAAGUACAAUGUCAGCAACUUUGUACAGACUCUGUACUGAUUGUUUUAAUUGUGUUGCUGGCCAAAAUAAAAGGGUUGACACUAAUGUUACACUGGUCAGAAGAGAAAGUAUUGGAAAAAACAGACCUUCCUCCCGGUGCUGCUUUGGCUUUUGAAACCAUGUGGCUUUAUGAUUUUUUGCUCAGUUUCGACCUUACGGGGUUGUUUCUGUUCCUGUUUAUUUUUAUUUUAAUCGCAGAUUUCAUCAAACACAGGAAUCCACCAAAUUAUCCUCCAGGACCGCCUGGUCUGCCCAUUGUGGGGAAUUUCUUCAGUAUGGACAGCAAACAUCCACACCAUUAUUUUACCAAGCUGGCUGAUGUCUACGGGAACGUGUUCAGUGUCCGCCUCGGGGGGGAAAAGAUGGUGUUUGUGACUGGGUAUAAGAUGUUGAAGGAAUCCAUAGUGACACAAGCUGAGAACUUUGUGGAUCGACCACACAGUCCGAUGUUUGACAGGAUAUACAAAGGCGGCUCAGGUGGUCUGUUCAUGAGUAAUGGUGAAACAUGGAAGAAACAGCGGCGUUUUGCUUUGUCCACCUUACGCACCUUGGGUCUGGGCAAAAGUCUCAUGGAGCAGAGCAUCUGUGAGGAGAUCCGAUACCUGCAGGAGGAGAUGGAGAAGGAGAAAGGUGAACCUUUCAGCACAGCAGGCCUCUUCAACAACGCUGUAUCCAACAUCAUUUGCCAGAUGGUGAUGGGAAAACGCUAUGAGUACAGCGACCACAACUUCCAGACCAUGCUGACAUAUCUGUCAGAGGUUAUAAGGCUGGAGGGCUCCGUUUGGGGUUUCCUGUAUGAAUCGUUCCCCAACGUGAUGAACUACUUGCCAGGUCCUCACAACAAAUUAUUCAGCCACUAUAUUGACCUCCAAGACUUCAUGAACCAGGAGUUACAGAGGCACAAGAAGGACCUGGACCACAGCAAUCCCCGGGACUACAUUGACACUUUCCUCAUUGAAAUGGAAAAUCACAAAGACAAUGACCUGGGCUUCACUGACCCUAAUCUGAUUAUGUGCUCUGUGGAUAUGUUCCUGGCCGGAACAGAGACAACUGCCACCACAUUGCAGUGGGCUUUGGUUUAUCUCAUCAAUAACCCUGAGAUCCAAGAAAAAGUCCAGGCAGAGAUAGACGGAGUGAUCGGACAGAGCCGUCAGCCCACUAUGGCCGACAGACCCAACAUGCCCUACACUGACGCUGUCAUCCAUGAGAUCCAGAGGAUGGGAAACAUUGUUCCUCUGAAUGGACUCAGAGUAGCUGCCAAGGACACAACACUGGGUGGUUACUUCAUACCUAAGGGUACGUCCAUAAUGCCCAUGCUGACCUCGGUGCUGUUUGACAAGGAUGAGUGGGAAACUCCGGACACUUUCAACCCCGGACACUUCCUGGAUGCUGAGGGAAAGUUUGUGAGGAAAGAAGCUCACCUGCCUUUCUCUGCAGGGAAACGUGUGUGUCUUGGAGAGGGCCUGGCCAAGAUGGAGCUGUUUCUGUUUUUGGUAGGUUUACUUCAGAAGUUCUCUUUCACGGUUCCUGACGGAGUAGAGCUGAGUACAGAAGGAGUUACUGGAACGACUCGAGUGCCGCACCCCUUCAAGGUUCAUGCCAAGUCUCGCUGAAUUAGGCAACAUCUCACUGAACCGUUUUUCACUGAAUCAAUGCGUAACAGGACAAGACGCAAGCAAAUCACAGGAGAGACAGCUCAUUCUGAUGCUUUCACUGUUGUAUGAUCAUGUUCUUAAGACCUGCUUAGUCUCUCUGCCUGUACAUUUAAUUCUGUGUGAUGGAGUUAGUGAUUUGUAAAUUUAGUUCAGUUUAAAAUAUGUUUGCUUUUGUUUAAUUAAUGAAAUGGUAACAAGGUAAAAUAAAUAAAUUUAAUUAAAUGAAAAA